GUCGUUCCGACCACUGAAAACACCGACAGAUAUUUCAAGAACGAUUUGAUUCAGCACGAUACAAGAGGCAUGGGACGUGAUAUCCAUGUCGUUCUGAGCCCCCAGAUGAAGUCGCUUCCUCGUGAUAUUCGAGGCUGCUACAUUACUACGUACAGUCUCAAGGGAAACGAUGACAAGGUGUUCGAGCACCCCAUGUCGGAGAUUAAGGCUGGAGAUCUUGAUCUCUGGACCACGGAGACGGAGGAGAAGGUGAAGGAUCAUCUCUAUGAGCAGAUGGGAGAUAACGUGCCACAUCCCUUCUGGGAGGCUGAAGCCGGAAAGAUUGUCGAGGACUACGAAUCCAAGGGACUUCCUCCUUGCCCUGGAAAGAUGUAUCAGUGGGAGUGUCCGAAGGAGAUGGAGAGUGGACUCUGGUAAAACGCUUAUAUUUAUU